UCGAGAGGAUUAGCAUCAUGGUGAUCCUGCUCAACUGUGUGACACUGGGCAUGUACCAGCCCUGUGAGAACAUCGAUUGCACCUCGGACCGCUGCCAGAUACUACAGGCCUUUGAUGCAUUCAUCUACAUCUUCUUCGCCUUGGAGAUGGUGGUAAAGAUGGUGGCUCUGGGGAUCUUUGGCCGUCGCUGUUACCUGGGCGACACCUGGAACAGACUGGACUUCUUCAUAGUCAUGGCAGGGAUGGUAGAGUACUCGCUGGACCUGCAGAACAUCAACCUGUCAGCCAUUCGGACAGUGAGGGUUCUUCGGCCGCUCAAAGCCAUUAACAGAGUGCCAAGUAUGCGUAUCCUGGUGAACCUGCUGCUAGACACUCUACCCAUGCUGGGCAAUGUGCUGUUGCUGUGCUUCUUCGUCUUCUUCAUCUUCGGGAUCAUCGGGGUGCAGCUGUGGGCGGGGCUCCUGAGAAACCGUUGCUACCCUGAGGAAAACUUCACUGUCCCAUCAGGUAUGACCCUGCCUGCGCCAUACUACCGGCCAGAGGAAGAUGAUGAACGACCCUUCAUUUGCUCCCUGGCUUCCGAUAAUGGCAUAAUGUCAUGUACUGACGUGCCAGCGAGGCGCGAAGGAGGACGCAUAUGCUGCCUGGAUAAGGAGGACGCUCUCCACAGACAGGCGCUGGGCCUGAGUCCUGAGCCUCUGGCUAACAGUAGUGGUGCUGGUGAAGCAAUAGGGCUAUGCAUAAACUGGAACCAAUAUUACACUCGGUGCCACACUGGGAGUACUAACCCCCAUAAAGGUGCCAUCAACUUUGACAACAUUGUCUACGCCUGGAUUGUAAUUUUCCAGGUGAUCACUCUAGAGGGCUGGGUUGAGAUAAUGUAUUAUGUUAUGGAUGCCCACUCCUUCUACAACUUCAUCUACUUCAUCUUACUCAUCAUUAUCGGUUCAUUCUUCAUGAUCAACCUGUGCCUAGUGGUUAUCGCCACCCAGUUCUCAGAAACCAAACAGCGGGAGCACCAGCUGAUGCAGGAGCAAAGGGCGCAGUGCCUGUCCUCCUCCACCUUGGCCAGCAUGGCUGAGCCUGGAGACUGCUACGAAGAGAUCUUCCAGCUGGUCUGCCAUGUCCUCCGCAAGGCUAAGAGGAGAUCGGCAGCUCUCUAUUACACGCUGAGGGGCAAGCCCCCGCCGGCUGGUGGAGGCAGGGGUAACAGGCGGGGUGGAGGCAAUGUGAACGGAGAACGGCAUCAUUUGAGGCAUCCGAGAUCGUUCCACUGCCCCCACCAAAACAAGCCAGACCACGACUCUCAGCCACUAGCCAAUUCCAUCAGUCUGUCUGUCCCUCAAAAUCCCGAGGACUGCCCUAUAUGUGCGUUAUCGUUGAAGGAGGGAGUGAGGGCUGUGGGAGAUUCCGCCAAUGGCGAGGAAAAUGAAGAGGAUGUGGUUAAGGAGACGAGCAAAGAGGAGAACCACUUGGAGGAGAGGGGAGAUGGAGAGAGGAAGCGGAAAAGGACGUGCUUUGGACAUUGUAAGGACCUCUGGAACGGUAUGAGGAGAAAGCUUUGGGGCAUUGUGGAGAGCAAGUACUUCAGCAGGGGCAUUAUGAUUGCUAUUCUCAUUAACACCAUCAGUAUGGGCAUCGAGCAUCACAACCAGCCUGAGGAGCUGACCAAUGUCCUGGAGAUCUGUAACAUCGUCUUCACCAGCAUGUUCACGCUGGAGAUGAUCCUGAAGCUCACUGCCUUUGGCUUCUUUGAAUACUUGAGGAAUCCGUAUAACAUCUUUGAUGGCAUCAUCGUCAUCAUCAGUGUGUGUGAGAUCAUUGGCCAGGCAGACGGUGGUCUGUCGGUGCUGAGGACAUUCAGGCUUUUGAGGGUCAUUAAGCUGGUGAGAUUCAUGCCUGCGCUGAGGCGGCAGCUUGUGGUUCUGAUGAAGACGAUGGACAAUGUGGCCACCUUCUGCAUGCUGCUUAUGCUGUUUAUCUUCAUCUUCAGCAUCUUGGGGAUGCACAUAUUUGGCUGUAAGUUUAGCUUGAAGACAGAAGCAGGGGACACCGUGCCUGACAGGAAGAACUUUGACUCCUUGCUUUGGGCUAUCGUCACCGUUUUUCAGAUUCUCACCCAGGAGGACUGGAACAUGGUGCUGUACAAUGGCAUGGCGUCCACCUCUCCCUGUGCCGCUCUCUACUUUGUAGCUCUUAUGACGUUUGGAAACUACGUGCUCUUCAAUUUGCUCGUGGCCAUCUUGGUUGAGGGUUUUCAAGCAGAGGGUGAUGCAAAUCGCUCCUACUCAGACGAUGACAGGUCUUCCUGCAAUUUCGAUGACAGUGACAAACAGAAAGACUCCCUGCACCUAUCAGACCCAAAGAUAUGUACCCUGACUCCUAACGGGCACCUGGACAUGUCCCCGUUGCCUGCCGGUUUGUUUCCAGGAGAGAGGUUGACCUUUGCUCUCAGCUCCAGGAAGAAUAGUGUCAUUUCUCUUGGCAGAGCCAACCUGGAGCAGAGGGCUGUGUAUCCAGGUCGAGGUUACCACAACUGGGGCCGUCCUCUGCCUCCCCAGCACCAUGCCUUGUUGACCCGCCGCUCUAGCUGGAACAGCCUAGGAGGCCGGCCGUGCUCCUCCUCAUCCCCCUCUGCUAGUCCUGGCUUCACCCCGACUUCCUCAAGGCCCUUCUAUGGCUAUGGCUUGGGAGGUCUAGGAGGGGUGGUCGGAGGAAGCCUGCGAAUCCGAGGUCCCCGUGCCUCCUCAUCCCCACACCACCACCUACAUCAUAUCCAGCCGGACGAGGAGGAGUCUCUUCUCUCCCCACCUGCUGUCGCUCCCCACUCCCUCCACCUUCCCCAUCCCAUGCUCCCAGGUUCUUUUGGACCCAGGAGAGACCGGAGAGCUCUAUCACUAGAGCUGCCACACCUGCUCCAGGUGCCUGGACAAACUCACCCUCUGCAGCACCCCCUUCCCUCCAUGACUCUUAAUGCCAACCACAGAAAGAAGAGCCUCUCUGGAGGGAUGAUAAUCAGCAGCGGUGGCAACUUCGGAGGGCUUCACCAAGACUGUAACGGGAAGACUCCACUGUCACAGCUCCUCCAGCCCCCGCCUAGACAUCCAACCGAGCAGGCCGGAGGGUCCAAUCCCCAGAGCCACCUGAUGGCCGAAGUCUUCCCCCAGGUCAACGCACGGAGCAAGGACCGAGAGGACCUGGAUGAUGACAUCGACUAUAGCUUGUGCUUCCGCAUCCAGAAGAUGUUAGAAGCGUACAGACCAGACUGGUGUGAGACCAGAGAAGACUGGUCCGUCUUCCUUUUCUCCCCGCAGAACAAGUUCAGACAGAUGUGCCAAUCUAUCAUUGCCCAUAAGCUGUUCGACUACGUAGUACUGGCCUUUAUCUUCUCCAACUGCAUCACAGUGGCUCUGGAAAGGCCCAAGAUACUACAGGGCAGCUUGGAAAGAGUGUUUCUUACCAUCUCCAACUACAUCUUUACUGCCAUCUUUGUGGGCGAGAUGACACUCAAGGUGGUUUCCAUGGGUCUGUAUGUGGGAGAACAGGCUUAUCUGCGGAGCAGCUGGAACAUUCUGGAUGGUUUCCUGGUUUUUGUGUCUUUGAUUGACAUUGUCGUGUCCAUGGCGGGAGGGGCCAAGAUCCUGGGUGUGCUCAGAGUGCUCCGGCUGCUCAGGACACUGCGUCCCCUCAGAGUGAUUAGCAGAGCCCCAGGCCUGAAGCUAGUGGUGGAAACUCUCAUCACCUCCCUCAAACCCAUUGGCAACAUUGUCCUCAUCUGCUGCGCAUUCUUCAUCAUCUUUGGUAUCCUCGGGGUCCAGCUCUUUAAAGGCAAGUUCUUCUACUGCUUGGGUCCUGAUGUCAAAAACAUCACCAACAAGUCUGACUGUUUGCAAGCCAACUAUAAGUGGGUCCACCAUAAGUACAACUUUGACAACCUGGGACAGGCUCUGAUGUCUCUGUUUGUACUCGCCUCCAAAGACGGCUGGGUCAAUAUCAUGUACCACGGUUUGGACGCCGUGGGUGUGGACCAGCAGCCGAUAACCAACAACAACCCGUGGAUGUUGCUGUAUUUCAUCUCCUUCCUUCUCAUCGUUAGCUUUUUUGUCCUCAACAUGUUUGUUGGCGUGGUGGUGGAGAACUUCCACAAGUGCCGUCAACACCAGGAGGUGGAGGAAGCCAAGAGGCGUGAGGAGAAACGUCAGCGGCGUAUGGAGAAAAAGAGGAGGAAGGCUCAGAAGCUGCCCUACUAUGCCAGCUAUGGCAACAUGCGCCUGAUGAUCCACACACUGUGCACAAAUCACUACCUGGACCUCAUCAUCACCUUCAUCAUCUGCAUCAACGUCAUCACCAUGUCCUUAGAGCACUACAAUCAACCUCAUUCUUUGGAUCUUGCCCUGAAAUACUGCAACUACUUCUUCACCUCCAUGUUUGUGCUGGAAGCAGUGCUCAAACUCAUUGCCUUCGGCGUCCGUCGCUUCUUCAAAGACAGGUGGAACCAGUUGGAUCUGGCCAUAGUGCUCCUGUCACUGAUGGGCAUCACGCUGGAAGAGAUUGAGAUCAGUGCUGCUCUGCCCAUCAACCCCACCAUCAUCAGGAUCAUGAGAGUACUGAGGAUAGCAAGAGUGCUGAAGCUGCUGAAAAUGGCAACAGGAAUGAGAGCCCUGUUGGAUACAGUAGUCCAAGCCCUGCCUCAGGUGGGUAACCUGGGCCUGCUCUUCAUGCUGCUGUUUUUCAUCUACGCCGCCUUAGGAGUAGAGCUUUUUGGAGAACUAGUUUGCAAUGAAGAUUACCCAUGUGAGGGUAUGAGUCGUCACGCUACCUUUGAAAACUUUGGCAUGGCCUUUCUUACAUUGUUUCAAGUCUCAACGGGUGACAACUGGAAUGGCAUUAUGAAGGAUACAUUGCGGGAGUGCCCACCAGACCACGGCACUGAUGUGGACUAUGCCUGCAAUCCAAGCCUUCAGUUUAUCUCGCCCAUGUACUUUGUCUCCUUCGUGCUCACCGCCCAGUUCGUGCUCAUCAACGUGGUGGUGGCCGUGCUGAUGAAGCACCUGGACGACUCCAACAAGGAGGCCCAAGAGGAGGCGGAGAUGGAUGCAGAAAUUGAGCUGGAGCUGGCCCAGGGCACCCUCUGUUGCAUGGGCGCCCCCGGUUGCGGGGGUGGGGGGGUGGAUAAAGGACUAGUCGUUGCUGGAUCGGGGCCUGGAGGCACAGCGGGAGGAAGAGACAGAGGAAGUGCCCGAGGAGAGAGAGGAGAAGGGGUGAGAAAGCUGCGACACGCAGUGACUGCUGCGCACCAGGGACCAUAUAACUCCAGUGACUCCAGCCAGACUAUGUACUCACCAGCACAAGAGAGCCAGUGGUUGGACAGUGUAUCUCUCCUGAUCAAGGAUACCUUAGAGGGGGAGAUGCUGAUGAUCGACAACCUCUCCGGUUCUGUCUUCCACCACUACUCCUCUCCUCAGCUCAUCUGCAAAGACUGCAAGGGCCACCCGCAAGAGCAGAUCAGGAUGGCAGAGAUUGAACAGGCUUCCCUGAAGUCAGAGCAACUUUCGGACAAGUCCUCAUCCCCUGCCCUGCCGGAUGACCUCAGCCUAGAUGAGCAUACUGCCUACCAGCUGCUGGCGCAAGAGGGCGAGGUAAAGUGCAGCAGUGACUCUCCCAGCUCUGAGGAGGUCGAAGGAGGAGGUCACCAGAUUCAGACUGUGGUGCAGAGCCAGCCAUGCAGAGCCCUCAGCACAGGCAUUGAGAUGGAGAUCGUACUGCAGGAGAUGGAAAUGCAAACACACGAACCGCGUGUUUGUUCACCUCAGUGCAGCCCAGCAGCCAUCCCAGUACCUCCCCGCAGUAGAAGCCUACGUUUGUCAAGAGGCCUUAGGCUGGCCUCCCGAGCCUCCAGAGCCUCGUGGGCUUCGUUCCGCUCCCCUGGAGCCCAUAGAAAGAAGCUCUGCACACAGUACCCCUCCCACAGUGAUUCGUCCCUCGCUACAGGCAGCUCUGAAGGCAGCCUUCAGACCACCUUGGAAGAAGGACUGAGCUUCAGUGUGUCCCCACCUCAGAACUUAGACUUUCCACUGUCAUCAGCUCCAUUGCCGCUUAUGUGUCCUCUCCCUCUGCCUGAGGACACCACCUCCAUUUCUUCCCCAGUCCAGACCCUGAGACCAAGACCGAGCCCAUCGUCGGGUUUAACCCUUCUGGCCACCAGGGGUCACCAGCGGAGUCAGAGCAGCGGGCGUGGCAGCACCAGCCCUGGGUACACCCGCGAUGACUCGAUCGACCCUUCAGAUGAGGACCUGGGCAUAGGGAUUGGAUCGUCUAUUGGCGGUUGUGGCUCCAGCCAAGCAGGCAACAGUGAACACUUGUCAGAGGCACUUAGCAGCUUGUCGCUGACAUCACUGCUAUCACCCAGCUCCCUGGUGUACCCAGGAGGAGCAGUAAAGAAGUGCAACAGCACAGGCAGCCUGGACCAAGGGGGGAUGCUGCUGUCUUCCCGGAGCAGGGAGGGUCGUAGGGAGAUUAUGGGUCUGGAGCUUAUGGACCCCCAAGGCUUUUUGGCCAACCCCUGGACUGGGGUUGAUACAAGAAGAGGAGAAGGAAGAGGGGAAAUAGGAGAUGGAGAUCAAGGACUAAAGGGGAAGAGCUCAAGCCAAACAACAGUAGGGCCUUGUCGAAAAAACAGAUGAAACCCAAUGUUUCCUUUUUGUUUGUCUCUCCAUUCCUUGGAUCUGAACCCAUUGCUAUCCCUCUCGCUCUCUCUGCCUCAUCAGUGAGAGAAAGGUCUGAUGACACACGAUUCCAAAACCAAACCCUCAUCUUGCCCCCUUAACCCAUUUCUAUACAUUCGUGACAAGCCCAUGUCCUAUUUUGUGCUAUCUAUGGGAGUGGUUUUGGUUAUGGUCUGUUGGUGUGGAAGUGGCCUUUUCAAGGUCCAAGAGCUUCUACCAACUUGGAGGCUGUACCAGUAUGGGAGGCCAUGGAAGCUUCUGAUCACACAGCAAACCCAGAAGGAGAUACAAAAGGGUUUGAACUCAAAGAUACAACAAAGAAUCUUCAUGUUGCUCGACUGUAAUUUCCUUUCUCCUGAUGGCUCGGGUUCACUGAGAUUAAAAAUGCAAAAACAGAAGUAACCAAACAAGAAAUAGCAAUCCAUGCCAACAGAGGGUGUUUUGAUUCGCUUAUGUCUCCAAGGCAGUGUGGCAAAUACGCGGGCGGAGGCUUUGUGAUGGUGGAAUAUAUGAAGGCGGAAGAAAGACUGGGGCAAGGAGAAGGCAGGUCAUUUGUUUGGCUGGAAAAGCAGAAAGCGGAUCUAAUGUCCAUCUGUUCUGGCAGACGGAAACAACAGGUCUUACUCACUCUGGCACAGGCGCUUCUGCUGAGAUCAGAGUAAAAUGUGAAGGGUGGAGGAAAGUUCAGGAAUGUGUGCUCACGUUUGUGUGUGUGUGAGUGUGUGUGAGAGAGCACCGCCUCAGGUAUCUAAGGCAAUGAAUUAAAUCAUUCUCACCGCUGCACCGCACCUCUGUGUUUUUGAAACCAGGGGGAGAGGUAUCAACUGAGGAAAAGUUUCGCACGUCUGUCAGCUUGGUCUUCAGUGGCACCGGGAAAUGGAAAUAAAUUAACAGACUGUGGAGGUAUAACUGUGCAUGGAGUGAUUCGUGAAAUUGGUUAUUUUCCUUUCUCUUGCCAGCAUCUCUCACUCGUGAACAUGAAGAAAUAUAGUAUAAAACGGAGAGCUAGGUUGGAUGGAGCUUCACAGACGCGGCCAGGAGAAACAGUGUCGUGUGAGCGGACCAGCUACGCCUGCACUGGAAAAUGUGGUUUGCAGCUCCCUCGCUCAAGUGAGACUUCAAGCACACACCUUUUUUGACCCCACUUCCUCUCACUAUGUUUAAGGAUUUAAAGCGAAUGGACAAAAAAAAAAGAAACCACACACACACAAAAGUGUUGCAAGGGUCCUUGACUGCAUGAUGGGAUUGCAUUUAACCAAGAUUUUUAACUAUAUACAGAAGUGUAUUGAGAUGUCAAUGUUGGGUGAUAACCAUGUGAUUUCUAUUCCACUAUUUUUGUAGAAAAGAGAAUAGGCACGUGCAAGUGUUGCCGUUAAUUUGUCCCGAUUUAAUUUAACCCAUGCAGUGUCUUUGACUUUGUUGUCUAGGACUUUUUUUGGUCUGCCAGUGGCUUCCAAGUUUUCUAACAUUUUUCUAAGGUGUGGACAGUGUAUAAAACAACGAAGCAAAAAAUUUCAAACAAACUCUGUGCGCUGAAGUGAUUGUUCCCUCCAGCACAUUUCUCUUUGGGAACGCUGGUUCCUCACGAUUUGAUUUUUCUAGAUGUUGGAGUCUCAGAGGACAACCAGAGGUGGGAACAGCCAUACUCACUCACCACAUGGGGACUGUCUAGCUCACGGACAUUCCCUGCACAAAAGGGAACUUUGUUUGCUUUUAGUCUCCUAUGCUAAAAAAACAACAACAAAAAAAACCACACAAACAGUGUACACCAUCUCUAUGAAAGCUUUAAUUUGAGCGUCACACCAUAACAUAUCGAUUACGGGCACAUUAGUGUUCCUUAAGCAUGAUUCUGGGAUUGCAAUACAGUAUGCUUAUUCUUGAAACGACACCGUGAUGCACUCAGCCCCCCCCCCCCCCCCCAUCUUUUCACACAUACAGUAUGUUGUAGCAACCUUUUCAUGCACGGUGGUUUGAUGCGAAAAGCUGAAACUGUAAGAGCGGAACGAGACUUGGCGUCUUUUUGGCUUCCACCACUUGAUUAACUGCUCCAUCCAAAAAGGAGACGUUCAUCUUUAAGCCUGAUUUCUAAGAGGUAGACUGUUUUAUCCCUGGCGUUUCGAUCAUUACCUUAUUUUGUUUUUUUCCAUUUCUCAAGAGGAAUGAGGUGAUGUGAGAAAAUCUGAGGGUUUGACCUUUUUUAUCAUGCAAAAUCACUUUGAUGACUAUGUUUUAGCAUAUGGUGUUGGGUAUUAACGAGUGAGGCAUUUGCGUGUGCGCGUGUGUCUGUGUGAGGGACUGUGUGUGCAUGUGCGUUUGUGACUUCAGGUAAAGUGUUUGCCUUUUUCCUGAAAUGUCCUGUUUGUCAGUGAGGAUAGCUGGCGGGGUUAAAGGUCGAAGAGGGAAAAAACACAAAGCAACCAAGGGCUGUUUUAGCAUUAAAGAUAUAUCCUCUUAUCUUUCUGAGACAAAUCCUUGUGUCAGUGAAUAUGGCAUCAAAGGUUAAAGCCUGACUACACAGCAAUAAAUGUUCUAUGUGUAUGCCCUGAGUAAAUGAUGUCAAUGUGAUUUUUAUCUCCUCGGAUUACAACAGUACUCAUUUUUGUCUGUUUUUGCUUCUGCACGUCUAAACUUCCAACUGGUCGGAUAGCACCUCUGCCCUCUCCAAAACGAGUCGCUAGAGAGAUGGGCUCCAAUUGGAUAACAUGAGUAAAUGAGGUUAACGAACUCAGGUCGGGGGGUAAAAACCACUAGUUUAAAAUUUAAAGAUAGCUGUAAAGCUGUGCUCAGACAGAAAGCGAAGCAAAUUCUCGCCUUGCUUUAUUCGCACAAGUUUGACGGCUUGAGUGUUUUGUGCACUGUGCGCUCACACACUACAGGCGUCGGACGUUAGAUACAACAAGCAGAACAGUGCACCAAAUUUGUGCGUCAGCAGAGUGUGCCUUCAUGCACUGUGUGUGUGCUACAGCUCUCACUUAGACUGAUGUUCAAGACCCCCCCCCCCUUGUCUCCUUUUAUAUUUAUGAGUACAAAGGUUCAGCAAAAGCACACAUCUUUCCUAACGUGUUUUUUUGCUCCAGUCCAAGCUGCCUUGAUCAAGCCUGCGUCCCCCUGUACACUCUGUAUUGUAUGCAGUCAUGUCCGUCUCUUAAAAAUUUGCUUCACCUUCAGUCUGAACACACCUUAAGAGUGUACACUUCACGUUUGUACAUAUCUUUGUAUUUUGAUCUGCAUGUGUGCAUUGCUGCCAGUGACCAUGAAUAUAUCGUUAGUAUGCAUUUCAUAAAACUGUACAAAGGUGAAGGGAAUGCCCCGAUGUUUAUGACUGCUGCUAUGAGACCACUGGAGAAUCAGUCACAAAAAAAAAAAUGUUUCUCCUCCAACACAAAUUAUAAAAUGAUAAAAUAUUACAUUUUAUGUAAAAAAAUCACACACAUCCAGUCUUCAUUUUUAUGCCUGUGUUUUGUUUUUUGUUUUUUUCCACAUUUAAAUUAUUAAGCUUGUGGUAUGACAGCCAGGAGUAAAGAGGUUGGAUUGUGUCAGGCAGGGAAGACAAAGCCAACAAGACUGCACCAAAAGCUGUCUGCACCCGACAUGGACAGCUGGACAGAGUAAAGCUAACAGACAGCGCGAGAGACCGAGGUAGUGAGAUGGUGCAGGAGUAGGAGACUUCUCCAGACAGCUUGUCAUCGGCAGUCUUGCCCAGCGGAGCCGUCAGCGCGAGAGAGCACAUUAAGCAUGCACGCUGAACUCAGAGGUGUUGUUUACCUCACACCCUCAACCAGCCAGCCCCUCCACCUCAUCUAACCUCUCAAAACCUGUUCUCCCUCCAGGCCCCUGUCCUUCAAAUGUCACCGCAGGAGAGUGGAGGUGUGUGUGUGUGUUUGUGUGGCGAGUGGCAAAAGUGCACGAGUCUCCAAGACUAUGUGUGGAUGCAACUGUAAGUGUGCAAGUGGUAGUGUCAUUGCUUUGGUUAUCUCCAGGUCCUGUCAUCUGGAAUUUUUGCAGCUUUUUGUCUGGCUUCCUUCCAAUGCCAGAUGAGUGCAAGUAGCCUCUUGCAACAUUAACUCCAAAGGUCAAUAUCCAUGCCUUUGGGGGACUGGUGUGCUUAUUUGAUUGAUUAUUUCCCAUGGCAACGCACAAGUCCCCUGACACAUCAGGCCUCGUUUGGUUAAAAAAAACAAAAAUGAAAGACAAAAUGUUCACCACACCUAGAAACCUACUGCUUUACUUCACUGUACUUCUGUGCAGCAUGAGAACACUGUGUGGAAGGGAGAUUUUCAGACUGUCAAAGCUCGCUCUUGUUUUAUUUACAGUAUGUCUGAUGAGAAAAAAAUGCUCCAAACACCUCAGUCGAGCUGUUUUCAGUGUCUUGGAUGAAAUGUAUUAAAGUGGGUUGUGAGGGGUUCUUUUCAAAAAAUAGGGGAAAAAAAACUUUUCUCAUCUUUCUAAAAUUUGUCUGCCAAAGACGUUAGGUCAGAAGGUAGUCGAAAAAAUUGAGAGAAACGGCGUGCCAUCAAAGGAAUCUUUACCCCCAAGUUUUGUCAAACUGAUAAACAAGAUCCACAAAGAUGUGUCUCAUUACUGAGUUUUUCUCUGGGCAGGAGGGAGGAAGAAGGGGAGGAACAACAGACUUUUGACAACAUCCAACUUGUUUUCAAACUGCAGAUUUUUUUUUUGCUUUUACCCCAGGAGGGAAGUGUGAAGCCUUUCAUUCCAAAAAAAAAAAAAAAAGCAAGUCAAUUAGGUUGUGUUUUUAAUGCUCUGUCACUUAAUGAGUCACGUAAGCCAGCAGAAUGUUUUUGAUGUGCAAGGAGAUGACCUAACUCCUGUUUUUAGGGGACUAACAUGGACCACAAGCUGCUGUCGUGAGAGAAGUCAAACUGAUGGGUUAGAGAGCAGUGUGGGCAUUUCUACCUGAAAAGAAAAGACAGAAAAUGUUGCAGAGAAAUUUUUUCUUCCCUUUGAAGGUUCGGCAAAUGAUGAUAAAUGAAUGCCAUUCCAUUUCCUGAUGCAGCUGUAUGGGAUUAUUACUGUAAAAAUGAAGUCCACUUCCCUUACUUCUCUCUUUUUUCAUCUCUCUAAUCACAUCAGCCACUGAAUCCUUUACUCUCAGUCCACACCUGAGUCUUUCCUGACACACGCACAUGCAGGCGUGUGUGCACACACAUCAGGGGCAGGCAUUGAAACCAGCCCCUGUCAGCUGUCAAGGCUAACUGCCCAUGGGAGUUGUCCAAACCCACUGAUUGCAUCACAGGCUCGAGGGAGAAAGUCAGAUAAAGGCAGGUUGUGAAGGUGGCACAAUAAAACGAUGAAUAAAGUGGCAGUAAAAUGAGCUGAAUGUGUAAGAUGAGAAGAAAAAAGCUAUCAAUCUCCAGACAAUAUUUAAACUUUCAGAAAUCUAAACUGGUUCUUAGGUUUUCUUUGUCUCAUUUGAGUGUCUCUUUGUUGUUUGUGCCCACUCUUUUCUCUGUCUUCUCUUUCCCAGCUCGUCUCUCUGUGACUUCAGAGGAUGAAUUAAACAGGCACAGUAGCAACGCUUUUCCCUAUCUGCUCUAAUUCAAAUAGGCAGCUCUCUGGCCUUUAUGAACUUUUACAUAAUUUGCAUCAGUGCUUGUGUGUGUCACACCCCUAGUAACUGAAGGGUUUUGCCAAAAACUGAAGGCUUGCUUAAAGGGGCUGUAAAUGUCCACAUUUACAGCUGA